AUGGAUCCUUUCUCAGCAGAGGGUGAGCUCCUCAACAUCCACACGGCCUUCCACUCUGGCCAGUACCAAAGCGUGCUCGAUUUCGAGACCGCCGCGCUGUCCCCCGAAAACCAACUCCCCGCUCGUGUCCUCAAGCUCCGUGCCCAGAUCGCCCUUGGUCAGACAUCCGAGGUGCUUGCUGCCGUUUCCAGCGAAGAGGAUACCCCUGACCUGGCCGCCGUCAAAGCCCUGGCCCAGCUGGUUGCUGGGGACGCCGAUGCUGCCGAGCAACUCGCCCAGGACCUGGCAGAGAACUACCCAGAGAAUUCCUCUGUGCAAUUCCUUGCUGGAACCGUCCUGCAGGCACAAGGACGCAGUGAGGAGGCGCUUGCCUUACUAGGCAAACACCAGGGUAGCCUUGAGGCAGUUGCGCUUAUUGUUCAGAUCCACCUCCAACAAAAUCGCACCGACCUAGCCCUGAAGGAAGUCCAGGCCGCAAAGCGAUGGGCUCAGGACUCGUUGCUGGUCAACAUUGCCGAGUCCUGGGUGGGCCUAAGAGUCGGCGGUGAGAAGUACCAGUCCGCUUUCUACGUCUAUGAGGAACUCGCCUCCGCCCCCAGCACCAGUGCGCCUCUCUCCAUCGUCGGCCAGGCCGUCGCAGAACUCCACCUGGGCCGCCUCCCCGAGGCUGAAGCCGCUCUGUCCGCGGCGCUGGAGAAAUAUCCAGAAGACUCGGAGUUGAUCGCCAACAGCAUUGUUUUGAAUGUUCUGGCUGGCAAGCCCAGUGCUGAUCUAGAGUCGAAACUACAACAGGUACAGCCCUCGCACGCCCUCCUCGCUGAUAUCCAGGAGAAGAGUGACUUCUUCGACACUGCGGCUGCCAAGUACGCACCCAAGGUCUCAUCCUAG